GUACCCUCUUUUUUCUUUUGCGCUCACUGCUCUCGCCCAAUAGAUAUAUAUUUUUUUCCACUGAUAAUUCUUCCGAUCGCCGACUGCAAUUUGAAGAGCUUGUUUACUGGGUAAUGUCUGCGACUAUGGUGGAAAAAUCUUCCAGUUCAUCAUCUACCGUCGCUGAUCGGCCAGUUGUUCCAGGAGAUGUGGUUCUUGACCUUUCAGACAUGGCCAACCAGACCAUCAAGCUUGGAGGCGGUCUUCGACAGGACCAUGAUGCUAUUUCUGUCUCGAAGGCUGGAAAACUGAGGUUCUCGAAACCAAACAAAUAUUGGGUUGAAAGCUCACAGAAAAGGUACGUACCAUGUGCAGAAGAUUGUGUACUCGGCAUCGUGGUUGACUCUAGAGCGGAUAACUUUUUUGUCGACAUAAAAGGUCCUGCAUUGGCGCUCCUUCCCGUUCUUGCAUUUGAAGGAGGAACGAGGCGAAACAUACCCAAAUUUGAGGCAGGUGCCCUGCUUUAUGUGCGAGUAGUGAAGGCAAACCCUGGUAUGAAUCCCGAGUUGGCAUGCACCGAUGCUAGUGGGAAAGCUGCUGGAUUUGGCCUCCUAAAGGAUGGUUACAUGUUUGAAUGUUCAACUGGCUUAUCAAGAAUGCUUCUAAGCUUGCCUACAUGUCCAGUUCUUGAAUCUCUUGGGAAGAAGCUUUCGUUCGAGACAGCAGUUGGUUUAAAUGGCCGUGUUUGGGUAAAUGCUGAUUCUCCAUCCACAACCAUAGUUGUUUCUAAUGCAAUUAUGAACUCGGAAACUCUUACUGGGGUUCAACAGAGAAUCAUGGUGGACAAACUCCUUAAUAAUUUAAAGCUGUCGAGUUAGUAUGUAAACUUCAGGGUCAGAAUUAUGAAAUUACAUUUUUAGUUC